CCAUUGUCAAUGGGAAACUUAACAUUCUUAUUUUUAAGAGUUUAGUUGUUGUGCUGGUCGUGUUGUGACCUACAUAGCUAAAGAUACAUUAAUGCUCCUUAUACUGAAAUUUUAAAAUGGAACGGUUGUAUUUGUUAAUAAUUGUACUUUUAAUUAUUUUUAGUUUUGUACGCUCCAGUCAUUGUCAAGGUGGAUCUCAACGUAGCAGCGUUUCUGGCAAUCUCCUAACUCCGAAACCCGUUUUUGCUACUCCAAAACAUAAGAAUGCAUUUAUAAUUCCUGAAAAUUACAAUCCUCAUCAAGCACCACCCCUGCACAACGGGGAUGAACCACUUUCCAUCCAAUUUUCCAUCCUGGUCUUUGGAAUUUUCGAUGUGAACGAGUUGGCAGGUGACAUUUCACUGGAAGCAAACCUUAAGAUUUUCUGGAGGGACACAAGACUCGCUAAUUUGACCAGAGAAAAGGAAGGCACGGAAGUAGUAAGGCCGAGCAGUCAAUAUAUUGUGGUCAAUCCAUCCUUAGUUACACAGAUCUGGACUCCUGACAUUUUCAUCGAUCAUAUGAAAAGCAGUUCCGAACCAUCUCUGAUUUCGAAAGCGGCAUCACUCCGACUAUAUCCAGAUGGAUCACUUCGUUACUCUGCCCGAACUUUGAUAAACUUAAGUUGCCGCAUGGACUUUGUUUUCUAUCCUGCAGACACUCAAAAAUGUUCACUGGACUUAAAAAGUUACGCGUAUUCUAACCAAACGCUAACUCUGGCCUGGAAGAAUAACCUUGGCCCUGAAAUGGCAUAUCCAUUAGACCUCCACAACUUUGACGUGGCUCUAGAAACUGGACCUGACUAUAUACAAACGACCAGAUCUGCCUCCUACUCUGCAAUCAGUUUUUCUCUCUAUUUACGUCGAAAAUUGAGCUACCACAUUAUCCAGACGUUCAUCCCAAGCUCUUUGUUCACAAUUGUCUCAUGGCUAAGUUUCCUCGUCCCACCGGAAAGUACGCCGGGCAGGAUGGCCCUCACCGUGACCACGCUGUUAACGUUGACUGCCAUGUUCUCAUCGGUACGGCAAAACGUGCCGAGUGUCAGCUACGUGAAAGGCUUAGAUUUUUGGAUGCUCGGAUGUAUUGUGUUUGUCUUCAUUUCACUGGCCGAGUAUACGAUAUAUCUCAAAUUGAGGAGCAUGAAGGAGGAAAGGAAACGGAGAAAGGAAAGCAUGACAUCGACCCAACAAACGAUGCAUCGACGAAGGCGAAGUGGGAGGAUAUCGUCAACAAGUUCGACAGCACCUUUAAACUGGAGCAAUAAUAAUUCUCUGGUGAUGGACUUUCGUGAUUCGACUGUUGCUGCUCCAUUGUUGUUAAAUAAAAGUAACAAUGGGAGUAGUACUGGUUGUGGCAGUAGUACUUGUCCUACAUCAUCACCUAGAAUAAAUGACACUACUAUCGCCGAUGCCAAUACCGAUUUGGCAGCCAUGCUAGAAAAAUAUACACCGAGAAUUUUGCCGAUAGCAUUUGUUAUUUUCAAUUUUAUUUUUUGGCCUUGCCUUCUAAUUAAGUCGGACUACUAUAAUUUGAGACAUUCAAAAGAAAUGUAUUACUCACUUUGA